AGUGAAACUAGAAAAUAAGUUUAAGAGUUUUUACUAUUCUUUAUGUUAUACUACAAAUACGCAAUUGGCGUAACUUCUUUUCUACUGUCUUUUGUUUAAGAAGAUAAUUGACAAAAAGAAAGAAUUCAUAAUUGUUUUAUCGAUCUUUUUUUGAAAUCUUUUUGUUUUAUAAUGAUGAUGCAUAGAGAAACAUAAUUAUACCACAUAAAAAACUGUUUUAUGAACAAUUAGUUUUUAAUCAUGAAAAAGUGAUUAAUGUGAUAAUAUUUGACAAAUUUAGAAAUAAAAUCGUAUUUAUAUUGAAGAAUCUAGAUGGAGCAACUACAUAACAUUUUUUAUAUCUUUUUUUCAUAUUUAUAAUAAAAAAUAUAAAAUUUAAUUAUUAUAUAAAAUAAUAUUUAUCAAUAUCACAAAUGAAUUUAUUAUUUAAAAUUGAAUAUUUUAAUUAAAACAAAAAAUAUUUUCUAAUAUUUAUGUAUUGUAAUUUAAAUGGAAUCGUAUAAACUAUUCAAAACAUAUAAAAACAUAAUGCAAAGAAUAAAAAUUUCAUCUACAUUAACUUCUUAUAAUAGAUGUAUGUUUUUAAAAAAUUUAUAAUUAAAACAUUAAAUGAAUAUGUAAAAUAUAUCAGCUAUAGAUUUAGGAAGGUUAUGUUAUUAAAAAUAAAAAAUUAAAAAAUGGCUAAAAUAUUAAAUUUUUUCCGAACUAUACGAAAUAAUUGGAAAAAAUCUCUUAUAGGAGGUGCAGCUUUAACGUAUGGAAUUUCAUAUAGUAAAGAAAUAUAUGAGACUGAUCAAUUAAUGAGACAAUAUUGUGAAAGUAUUUCACAAUAUGGUGAUCUUCCACUUCCAACAAAUAUAAAACCUCGUCAUGUAACUAUUAUUUUAAAUCCAGCUGCUAAAAAAGGGAAAGCUAAAAAAUUAUUUCAAAAUUAUUGUGAACCACUUUUGCAUUUAGCUGGAAUUGCUGUAACUAUUAUACAAACAGAAUCACAAAAUGAUGCUCGGAAAAUUAUAAUGAAUUUAGAUACACCUACUGAUGCUAUCAUAGUUGCAGGAGGAGAUGGUACAUUAUCUGAUGUUUUAACUGGAUUAGUAAGGAAAUAUGAUUUGAAUCUUAAAUCAGUUAAACAAUGCCCUAUUGGUAUUUUGCCAUUGGGACAAACAAACAAAAUUGCAAAAUCUUUGUAUCAUAAAUAUGAUGAUCUUUCUGAUAUAAAACAAAUGAUAGAGGCAACAAUGGCAAUUAUAAAUGAAAAAUCUAAAAUGAUGGAUAUGAUUGAAAUUAAACCUAUUGAAGAUAAUUCUGAAGAACCAGUAAAGCCAAUUUAUGCUAUGGGAGCAGUAGAAUGGGGUGCAUGGAAAGAUGCAAAUGCUUUAGCUACAAAAUAUUGGUAUUGGGGACCUUUAAAAAAAUAUGCAACUUAUAUAUUUAAUGGUUAUAAAGAAAAUUUAAAUAAAUAUUGUGAUGUAAUAUUGAAAUAUACACUUCCUUGUGAAGGUUGUUCUCGUUGUAAUCAAAAAAAUUCAACAAAUGGAUUUUCUAAUUUAAACACAAGAUGGUGGCAUGUAUUUGCACCAAGAAAUACUAUCAUUAGAGAUAGUAUUGAUUUUAGUAAGAUAAUAAAUGAAAAAUGUGAUAUUCUCCAUGAAUUACCUAUAUCAACUUGUGAAUUACAUAUAGAAACUUCUAAUAUAGACAAAUCACAAGAUGAAUCUCCAUCAUCUUUGAAAGUGAAAAUGGGUCCAAAGGAUAUAGAUUAUUUUUCUUUUGUAUCUGAAGGUUGGAAAAAAGAACAAAAUAAUAAAUCAUUGUGUGAACAAGUGAUAGAAGCAAAAAAAAUUGAAUUAACUCCACAAACAGUUAAUAAGCAUUAUACAUUAUAUAUCGAUAAUGAAGAAUACGAACUAAAGGCAGUUGAAAUUAAAUUGUUUUCACAGGCAGUAAAAGUAUUUUGUUCUCAAUUCAAAAGUUGAUAAAAGAUAUAUAUAAAAUAAAUAAAAUUUAAGAAUUA